AUGCACAGACUUUCUACCAAUACAAAAAAUCUUGCUCAAAAUGUCUCCAUAUCGGAAUUCUUUAGGUCUCCUUCUAGAGAGCAGGAGAUUUCACCUAUUGCGCUACCUGAACAGCUCCUGCUUGAGAAUACUUCCUCAGGAAGCCCAUCAAUUGCUUCAGCAUUGAACUCAUCUUCUGGUCAGCUGUCGUACGGGAUGGCCUCCGAAAUUGGCCUUUUAUCUUGGGAACAAAUUAAUGCCGACUUCGCCAACUUUCAACCAAGUCUUGCAGCUGAUUUUUUGGGUGAUUUGGGACCACAAGAGGAAGCUCGGCCCCAUGAAGGCAUGCCUCCCGAAGUCCUACUCGAUACUGACGAUACCGAUGAUACUCCUCAGUUUGUUGGCACCACAGGAGAAUUUGAGCCCUGUCUAUUUGGGCACUAUCUAAGAGAUGUGUCUAGUCGCUUGCGUUUCAAAAAGCUCACCUUACAAUCUGUUCACCUCGGUCGCCUGCCUGCUCAUUUUAUGCUUACUUCACAGUCUCUGUAUUCACAGAGCCGUGAGGAGGCUGGCCUAGCAUCAAAGAUGGAUACAACAACAUCCAGAGAAGAAUUAGAAUCACUUGUCCCUAUAGAUAUUGGAGAACGCUUGAUACGUCUCUAUGAACGCUUCAUAGGUCCUCAAUAUCCCAUCUUUUCAACUCAGUGGCAUCCUUCGCCCAAAUCGUCACCUACAUAUCUAUUAGCAGCCAUCUACGCGAUUGCGCAGCCAUUUAUGCAAUUUGAUGAUGCAUUAACGUUGGACCUAGCAUAUGAUCCAUUACCAAAUUCGGCCUUAUUGCAGAUCUCGCUCAAAGAUUUAGAGUUUGAGAUAUAUGGCCCGACUCUUCCUGUUGUUCAAACUUUCAUAUUACUACUUGCGCGCCCCACUCCCCAUCAUCUUAUAUCUGAUUCAUCCUUCAGGUACUACGCAGCGGCGUAG